GUUGUCUAAAACUAGCAUGUUAGCUUAGCGUCGCACCAGCUGUACUACUCUACUGGAAUUUCUUUGCUUGUCUGUUUUCUAAGGUGACUAAAAUUAACAGCGUCGUUUUGGUUUGGCAGGUUUUUGUUUAUUCAGUUUUUUUCUCAUGAGGUGACUCGGCUGUCACUGAAUGUGUGGUGACAGAAAUAGCUGCAGCUAGCAGAUGGUUAGCUUGUCAAUAAUGGGCUGCACGAGAGGCUUAAAGACAGCUCGAGCGCUUUAUUUUGUGGCCAUUCUUCUCAUAGUUUCUGUCAAAGGACUAACAGCUGCUGAAGAUCAACUCCAAAACGACGGAUCAGAGUUAAAGUCUUACCAUGAUCCAGAGUCUGAGGAGGAAGACGACCGUGUUACAUCAAACAUCGGAGCUUCUGUGACUUAUCGUCAUGAAGCCUCUCCAACAGAAGAGGAGAAACAGUCACCUGAAGCGGGAGAGGACAAGGAGGAGCUGCCUGAACAGCCACCUCCUCCAGAGGAGAAACCAAAAGAAGUUCCUUUGGUGAACGGAGGCACGUCGCAUGGAGAGCCUUGUGUUUUCCCGUUUGUGUUCCGGGACAAGGAGUACUCGGACUGCACCACUGACGGACGGGGGGAUGGACGGCUGUGGUGUGCCACAACCUACAACUAUGAUCAGGAUAAGAAGUGGGGCUUCUGUGAGACGGAGGAGCAGGCCGAGCAGAGGCUACAGGCUGAAGAGGCUGAGAAGCAGUAUCAGACGGUUGUGCACAUGCUCAAUGUCUCCACCAGGAAGACUCAGAAAAAAGAGUUGUACGAAAAGCUGCUGAAGGUGGCAGAGAAAGGCCACCAGAAAGCCACAGAGAARGUGGCGUACGCCAUGCUGUUCGGAGACUACAUAAACCAAAAUGUCACAAAAGCCAGAGAAAUGUUUGAGAAGCUUGCCGUGGAGGGCUCGCCUAAAGCUCAGAUGGCUCUUGGCUUUCUGUACGCAGCAGGACUUGGAGUUAACUCAAGUCAAGCUAAGGCCUUAGUUUAUUACACCUUCGGUGCUUUGGGAGGAAACCUAAUAGCUCACAUGAUUCUGGGGUACAGAUACUGGGCAGGUGUGGGCGUUCCUCAAAGUUGCGAGUCAGCACUAACUCAUUAUAGACUUGUUGCAAAUCAUGUGGCCAGUGACGUGUCCCUAACGGGAGGCUCAGCAGUGCAGAGGAUCAGGCUGCUGGAUGAGGUGGAAAACCCCGGUUCCACCAGUGGGAUGUUGGAGGAGGACCUCAUCCAGUAUUACCAGUUUCUGGCUGAGAAAGGAGACGUCCAAGCUCAGGUGGGUUUAGGUCAGCUUCACCUGCAUGGAGGACGUGGUGUAGAACAGAAUCACCAGAGGGCAUACGACUACUUCACACAGGCUGCAAAUGCAGGAAACACACACGCAAUGGCUUUCCUUGGCAAGAUGUAUUCAGAAGGCAGCGAGUUUCUCCCACAGGACAAUGAGACAGCCCUACAGUAUUUCAAGAAGGCUUCUGAUAUGGGUAACCCGGUGGGACAGAGCGGCCUAGGCAUGGCUUACUUGUAUGGAAGGGGUAUCCCAGUGAACUACGAGUUGGCCCUGAAAUACUUCCAGAAAGCAGCAGAGCAGGGCUGGGUGGAUGGCCAGCUCCAGCUGGGGACCAUGUACUACAAUGGCAUUGGUGUGAAGCGCGAUUACAAACAAGCACUCAAAUUCUUCAACCUGGCCUCUCAGGCUGGCCACAUCCUGGCUUUCUAUAACCUGGCGCAGAUGCACGCUACUGGUACAGGUGUGAUGCGUUCCUGCCACACUGCAGUGGAGCUUUUUAAGAACGUGUGUGAGCGUGGCCGCUGGUCAGAGCGUCUGAUGACGGCCUACGGCAGCUUUAAAGAGGGCGAGACCGAUUCCGCAUUGGUUCAGUAUCUGCUGCUGGCGGAGCAGGGUUACGAAGUAGCUCAGAGCAACGUAGCCUUCAUCCUGGACCAAAAAGGAGUGAAGAUCUUCAGUGAGAAUGAGACUUACCCUCGGGCUUUACUCCACUGGACAAGAGCUGCAGCACAAGGUUACACUGUGGCUAGGAUAAAACUAGGAGACUAUCACUUCUACGGGUAUGGAACGGAUGUGGACUACGAGACCGCAGUCAUUCACUACAGACUGGCAUCAGAGCAGCAGAACGGAGCCCAGGCCAUGUUUAACUUGGGCUACAUGCACGAGAAAGGCCUGGGAAUCAAACAGGAUAUCCAUUUAGCCAAGCGCUUCUAUGAUAUGGCAGCUGAAGCCAGUCCUGAUGCUCAGGUGCCGGUUUUCCUGGCCCUGUGCAAAUUGGGCCUGAUUUACACGCUACAGUACCUGCAUGAUCUCAAUCUGAAGGAGCUGGUUGAUCAGGUGGACCUGGACCAGCUUCUGGGCCCAGAGUGGGACCUCUACCUCAUGACCGUCAUCGCCCUGCUGCUGGGCACGGUCAUCGCGUACCGACAACGGCAGCACCAAAUCAUUGUGCCACCUCGGCCCCCGGCCCCUGCACCCCCUGCCCGAGCGGCUCAGGAGGAGCCGCAAGUCCCGGCUGAGCCUCAGGCUGAGGAGGAGACACCAGGCCGGGGCCCAGCUCAAGAGGAAGAGGAGCAGCAGCAGCAGUGAGGGGCUGUAAAACCCAGAGCGGUGACUCGAUCGGCCCYGCUGCACGAAGCAGCUGGUAGUUCAAAACCUGCUGCUUUGAGCGAGUCUGACUCUGCCUGCUCCCCUCCACACUAUAGAAGACUCCUGCUGAACUGUUCAGUCUCACAACCCCUUUUCUCAGUUUGAGAGGUGAUAGGAAGCUGUUGAUUGAACAAACCAAACAACCUGUGCUGAGAGGAUAAGUCAGACUUGGGACUUGUCAGUCUGUGACUCAGGACUCUCCCAGAAUCUCUCGUCCGUGGUUAAAGUCUUUUGCUGUUGCCAAAUCAAAGGCAUUUCAGAGCUAACUGGUUUGAACAAUGGAUUUUUUUAUUUUGGUGUGUAUUAGUUUCAUCUCCAGUUUCACCAAUUCUGAUUUAUUUUGAAUUUUUGGGGAUAUUUACACCGAGUCAAUCGGCUUCAGUUAUAAUUCAAUGCAGGUUUAGAAAAAAAAUGUUGCAGAAAUAAAAUGUGAAUGUAAAUUUUAUUUUCUAGUUGAUCUAGUUGCUAAAGGUUUUCUCCAACUGAAGGUGUAGGCACUUUUUGGUUUGUUUCCAGUUAACAUUUUAUCAGUACAGUUUCUUCGCUCACCUGCUUUUUGCGCCAUUUUUUUUUGUCAAAUAAAAUUAAAUGAAUACUAACAAUCAUUUUUUAUCCUGAACAAGUUAAAAUAAUUUUUUUUUGUUUCGAAGUUUGAGCGAGUGCCUGACAGCCUGAGAACGGAGCUGGUGUCACAAUAAGAGCCUGUUUUUUUAAAAUUCUAUGGGAAUGUCGUUUUGUCUUUUAAUAAAGAUCAAAUCAUAACACAAACCUUUUGAAAUCCUAAAGAGUAAGAAAAAAACUGAAGCAGUCCUGCAUCUCAGGUGUGUUUUCUGUUAAGUUUUUCAUCACUUUCAGUAGACAGAAUUUUUUUUUAGAAGAAGUUACACAAAUUAAGCUGCUGUGACAGUUUCCACCCCCUCACCAAAAGCUUCCAAUUGGAGGUUUUCCCACAGCUCAGAUGGCUGCGAUUAAGAAACAGCUAAAUUAAGCCACAGUUAGGCCUUUAAGUGUUCGCCCUAAAUAUCCAAUCGUCAUAUUUAUCUUUAAAACCCUUUGUUUUUCUGUUCCACGUUUUGUUUUGGCUGCAAGAGUUGAGUCUAACGGCUGUACGGCUGCAUGAAGUUCAUGAAUUGAGGUGAUUGUAAAGAUGUUUGCAGAUCGACCUUAUUUCCCAGCGUUCUUUCAUUUAAAACUGGUUUGAGACCUAAAUGACUCAUUUUCACCCUCAUAAGUACAGGUUUAUAAAAAAAUAAUAAAUGAAUAUAGAGAUCUCUA